AACCAGAAAGAAAAAAAAAAGACAACCCACCGCACAACAUACCUUAUUACUUCUGGCACAGGAUGAAGACAAGCCAGGCUCUUCAGCUAGUGAUUAUUGUCUAUUGUUCCCUGAACAGUAAACUACUAUUUAACGCUGAUCAUGUUUGGCUGGAGUUAUAACUAAGCAACCAGCUCCUCAUGAAUAUGAAGUGAAAGUCUGACCCAGAAAAGAAAAUCACAGGUAGAAAGAAAGGAAGAAACAAAGAAAGAAAGAAAGGAAAAAAGAAGGGGAAAGAAACCUUUAAGUCCUUUUUGACACUCUCGCGUUCUGCAGACUACACACCGCACUGACCACACCAGGAUGGGGGCUCGGAGAUGCAGCGGCUGCCUCAGUUGCCUGAUAAUUCCCCUUGCACUUUGGAGCAUUAUUGUUAAUAUCUUAUUAUAUUUUCCAAAUGGACAGACAUCGUAUGCAUCCAGCCACAAACUCACUAAUUAUGUGUGGUAUUUUGAAGGGAUCUGUUUCUCAGGCAUCAUGAUGCUUAUAGUAGCUGCAGCUCUUCUAAUAUUGGAGAAGGAUACACCAUAUAAAUGCUGUCAGAGUGAAAACUGCAGCAAAAAAUACAUGAGUUUACUCUCCAUUAUCUUUUCUGUCCUUGGAAUUGCUUUCUCCGGAUAUUGCCUGGUGAUAUCAGCAUUGGGCUUAGUGCAAGGACCAUACUGCCGUACCCUCAAUGGCUGGGAAUAUGUCUUUGAAGAUGCCAGAGGGAGUUUCCUCAGUGAUCCUAGCACAUGGAGCCAGUGCCUGGAACCUGCUCAUGUUGUUGAAUGGAAUAUUAUUUUAUUUUCUAUUCUUAUAACGCUCAGUGGUCUCCAAGUGAUCAUCUCUCUCAUAAAAGUCAUCAUUGAACUCAGCAAGAUACUAUGUACAACCUACUCAGUCAUAAUACAGCCUGGAAUCAUUUGAAUGAGGAAGACAGUCCUUUACGUGAGCUCCAGACCUGGCCUUCAACCUCAGUUGUUUAGACUUGUGGAUACAAAUAUAGAUUCAAAUGAUGUGAUUUCUUAUUGAUGCUCCUCCCUCUUCACCAGAGCUUCCCCCCUUCAUUAAAGGUCCAAAACUCACUAUGACUGUUAGUCAGUUAGUCAGUCAAUAAGCAUUUAUUAUGCAUCUUCUAUGUGCCAGGCACUAUGCUAGGCAUUGCAUUAUGGGCUAAUCACAGGCUCAUGUAUCUAGAGCUGAAGAGUUCCUCAGUGGCCUUUUAAUACAAUCCCCUUCAUUUUACAAAGCAGGAAAAUGAAGCCCAGGGAGUUUAAGUGCUCACACGUAUAGUGAAAGUCAGAGGGAGGACUUGAACCCAGAUCUCCUGACUCUAGGCCAGUGCUGUUUCCACUGUACCAUGAUGUCUCCCUUGAUCAGUCUAUCCUUUUAUUUUAUUCUGGUCAUUCCCAACCCUGAGAGGCAAGAGGAGGAAGGGAAGCAAAAAGUAUGUGAUCUAUAAAGUCUCUGCACAUAUAUCACAAUAAAAUCUUUUCAAGAAGUUUUUAAAA